AUGAAAAUUGACGUUGCCUCGUCUCGUUCGUUCCAGCUUUGCUCCGUGUGCAAUUCGCCUUGGGCCUCCGCGCAUUUCGGUGUGAUUACUUGUAGAUCAUGUAAGUGGCAAAUGAAUGCCAAUGGGAGGCAUGGAAUGUGAUUUUUAGGCGCCGCAUUCUUCCGUCGAUCCAUUGUGUUGGGGAGGAAUUAUCGCUGCAAACGGAAAGGGGAUUGUGAUGUAAUAACUGGUAAGUAUUGGCAAUAGAAAAUGUCAAAUUGCAAAGCAUAGAUUUUGAUGGUAUUUGAAAAAAUGCUUGCGCAAUGAAAGGGUUUUGAAAAUGAAUCAUAGUUGUUUUCUAAAAUCGGUGACGAUUGAGUUUUUAACCCGAAAUAUUGUGUUAAAAAACUAGUCCGUUCGUAAAGUCAUUGGAGAAAGCGUUGGCGUCGCAGUGCCGCUGGAAAAUUCAGAAUUCGAACGACAUCGAAAAAAGUCCAUUUGCACGGUGCAAACAACAGAAAAUUGCACAGUGCAAAGCAAACUUUCGUCUUCGCACAGUGCUUUUCCGCUAAAAUCACUCAACAUUACGAACGGACUAGUGCUUAAAAACGUAACCAACUUGUUGGCCCGAGUGAGUAAAAAGGUUGCCUAAAGACCCAUAAGAUUGUAAUAGCAGAAUCUCCGCUGCUUUUCUGUCUAUAACGACAAAGUUUAGAGGCCCCAGUGACCUGAAAUGACUGCAUUUUGUUUUAUUUUAGAUUCUCGAACCUCAUGCGCGGGCUGCCGAUUGAGAAAAUGUAUCAAGGUGGGAAUGGAAGUGGAAAGUAAGUAUUUCAUACUGAGUUGUAUUAUCAAAGAUUUUAAAUCGAAAAAAAAAUUUUUUUUAAAAGUUUGUGCAAAAUUUUUUAUAAGUCUGAGUCCUUGUUUAUCGACGAUAGAGCUCUUACAUUUUCUAUUUCAAGUCAUAGUCCUCAACUUUCAGAAAUCCGCCCAAAUUUUGACCGAAACGGGCCUCGACGGAAAGAAAAGCCGGUCUCCCUUAAGGCACCGCCAGUUUUAACUGCCCAACAGCCUUCUACCUCAUCGUAUUUGACUCAAAUGGUUGAGGGAUAUCGGAUCUUCCUCGAGGACACCAAAACCCUUUACUUUGUCUUCCAUCCAGAACACGUGUUCACGCAAGAGAUUGUGUUCCAGAAACUCACCGCCAAGGAGCACACUUUUAUGGACAGAACGGCGAUUGCUUACUAUGUGAAGAUGCUGAAUGGCCAUUUUUUCCCGUUCAAGGACCUGAAUAUCAAGGAGAAGGUUCGCUUUGUUUUUAGGCCUCAAUUUGCCCUCAGGGAUUAAAUUUAUUUACCAAGGAUGACUUAAAAUUUAUUUUUUUUUUUUCAGAAAAGCGUGUUGGACAUCUUCCACUUCCGGUUCUCCUUUCUAAACGAACAGUACUUAAACACUGUUUAUUUUCUGAACGAUGAAGGAAAACAAUUCUUCCACUAUGGUGCAUAUAUCGAGAUAAAUAGCCCGGAACAUUUGUACACACCUCAACGUUUCUUGCCAGACAUUGAAAGGUAACAAUAUCAAUAUAAAAAAUGAAUACUUUAAUUGUCGUGAAUUUCUCCAGCGACUUUUUGAAGGGGCUGGAGUUUCGGCGAAUCUAUAUUUGGCAAGCAGGCGGAAAGAAAUGUUUUUUUUCUUGUGUUACCCGGUAGAUCUAAGGCUGAAGUUUUUCGUAUAACUCGCUACUUGUCGUUCCAGAAAGUGCGUAGACUUUCUUGGCAAUUUUUGGCGCAGAAAGAGAGUUUUGUACACAGUGGAAUCCGAGGAGUUUCGCGUUUCCUUUCGACAGUUGGGACACUUCGUUUGGACGAAACUCAAAAGUGGUCGGGGAAAUUUUUUAUUCUGUUUUAGCUUACCGUGCCUAGAACCUCCGAUAUGUCUUUGAAAAUAUAUGUAUAGCCUUGUAAAAGGUUUAAAAAGUAAGCAUUUCCAGAACGUUCUCACCGCUCAUUUCCAAGAUGAGCCGGAUUGCCAAGAAAUUCCGUACACAUCGACCGGACGACACCGAAAUUGCGGGUCUGAUUGGCAUAAUCCUUCUACGCGAAAGUAAGAUCUCUCAUGGCAAGUUUACAUCCAUUGUUUUAGUUUCCGCUCAAUUUCCGGAUCGAGGAUGCGACCGGAUCUUGGAGCAAAUUCAAGAAGAGCUUGCUGAUUACUGUAGGAGGACCCAUCCGCAAGACCCGUGCCGAAUGGGUCGCAUAAUAUGUUUGUUGCGGGGCCUGGAAGAGAUUUGCUUAAUGUUGACGGAGAAUCUGACCAUUGGGAUGAUAAUCAACGCCGACGGAAUAUCAAUUAGGAAUACGGAUCUCUUCAAAACUUGA